AUGGGGCAGAACGCAGUGGAGGAAAGCCUAGUGCUGGGCGUAUUCCGGAGACUUUCGCUGUCCGGGUCGUCCUGGGCCAGGCGGGAAAGUCUGACAGCCCCGCUCGUGUCUCUCUUCAAUAAAACCGUAGAGGAGAGCUCUGCCAACAUCAAAGAGAUUUCUGAGAACCUUUCCAUUUUCCUGAGCCGUGUCUUCUCUCCAGACCCCAGGCUGUACCAGGAGUUCACCGAGCGGGGGCUCAUUUCGAACAGUCAGGAGUCCGAUGACGACCUGCUGGAAGACAGCGUUACCCCGGCCGAGCCACGUCCAGAUGAUGGCAUUGUGGUGAAGAACUACCGCCCCGCCCAACUCAUCUGGAGCCAGCUUCCACAGGUGCAGGAAGCCGGCAUUCUAGACAGCAUCAGCCCAGAGGAACGCAAGCGACAAGAGGCCAUCUUUGAAAUCAUCACAUCGGAGUAUUCCUACCAGCACAGCUUGGACAUCCUCGUCCGUCUCUUCAAGAAAUCCGAUGAACUAAAACAGACCAUCAAUGGGACGGACCACCACCACCUCUUCUCCAACAUCGCCGAAAUACUGGAAGUCAGUAAGAGAUUUUUUGAUGACCUGGAGAAGCGGCACAAGGACAACCCCUUCAUCCACGACAUCAGUGACAUUGUGGAGAGCCAUGCGCUGAACCAUUUCCAGCCGUACGUCAUCUACUGCUCCAACGAGGUCUACCAGCAGAGGACCCUCCAGAGGCUGCUAUCCACGAACGUGGCCUUUAAGGAAACGCUGACCCAGAUCCAGAUGAAGCCGGAGUGCGGAGGCCUGCCAAUGAUUUCUUUUCUCAUCCUCCCCAUGCAGAGGGUCACUCGGCUCCCUCUGCUGAUGGAUACGAUCUGCCAGAAGACGGACAUGUACUCCCCAGAGUAUGAAGCCAACACCCGGGCACUGAAAGCCAUCAGUAAGUUGGUAAAGCAAUGCAACGAGGGGGCGCGGAAAAUGGAGAGGACAGAACAGAUGUACACGCUGCAAACCCAGCUGGAAUUUGGGAAGAUAAAGCCCUUCCCUCUGAUCUCCGCCUCCCGCUGGCUCCUGAAGAGAGGUGAACUCAUCCUGGUGGAAGAAUCCGGAAUCUUCCGCAAAGGCUUCGGAAGGCCUUACUACUACCUCUUCCUAUUUAACGAUGUCCUCAUCAUUACGAAGAAGAAGAGCGAGGACAGCUAUCUGGUGACGGAUUAUGUGACGACAGAUCAGUACGCCAUUGAAAUGAUGGAUGAUGGAGAGGGUGUGAUGUCUCCCUUAGCAAAGUCGGGGACCCUUGGAAACCGAAGUCCGGCUGGGCCCUAUGUGUUUCCAGAUAGCCAUGAGGAAAUCCAGCGAGGGGCGGGGCAGGAGCCAUAUGUGCUGGGAACAGACACGCUGUGA